AUGUGUUCCAUUCUAAAAGGGGAAAAGGUCAUCAGUGAUAAGACCUUGACCGAUUUGAAUGACUUGCUUCAAAUUUUGGUCCUUGAAGAUACCUUGAAGAGUAAAAUUUUAAAAUUUUUUGAUGAUCUUGAUAGAAGACGUUGCAAGUCAUGGUUAUUGUUGAUAUUCAUUCGAUUCCCCUUGACGGAGAUAUAUAACCUUUGGCAAUUUCUCUUCACUAAUGAAGUCUUGACGCCCGUUUGUUUGGAAGUUUUAUUGAAAGAUAGUUUACUUGAAACCAAAACUUCGUGGUUUUCCAGUAUUAUCCUUGUUAACAGAACCAUCAAAAAAAGAGAUUGUUCAAGAUUGAAACAGUUUUACGAAACCAUCAAUGGUCAAAAUCGUCUUUUGGAGAAAUUAAAGAGAAACAGUGAUUUAACUACCUGUCUCAACUUACUUAAGUUUGUUAAGAUCAAUGAUUUCAUGUUUCAAUCGUUUAAUUUGGACGAAAGGAUCCUUUUUUUGAAUGGCCAUAACCCAGUGUUUAAGAAUUUAUACCAAAUGAACAAAAUUGAAUGUAAAGUCGUUUCCGGCUUGAACUGUCAAUUUCCUAAUUUAAUAUUUGUUCAUGUGGUCGAUGGUGCAAUGAUUAUUUGGAUAAAUUAUAAAGACUACGUUAUUGAUCUAGCAAACUUAUGUAAUGUAACAAAAACAGGAGAAGGAAGACUCAAAUUGGCUUUUAAACGUAUAAGCGGAUCAGACAGAGUUACUUUGAUUGGGACAGCGGUAAAACUCCUUGAGAUCGAUUUGAAAUUGAAAAAUCCCAAUCAAUACUUUUCUCUUCACAAAAAGUUGAGUUUCAAGCAAAUGAAGCCUAGGAGAGUUUCAGUAUCAUUGAUACCUUUCGAUUUGAGUAAGGUUGAUACCGAUUGGCUUUCAGGCUCAAAACCUUUGGCUGCGAAAAAUACCCAAAGCUCAAAGUUAUCAGCUAAAAGGAAAAUCUCUGACGUGUUGGAAAUGGAUCUGAGUGUGAACAAAGCUUCAUCUCCUCUAAAAAGUCAAAACCCAAACCCUCAAGUUCAUGCGAAGGUCCUUAAAAAAGUAGAAUUCGAAUCUGAAAAGCCUGAUGUCGAUAGUGAUGAAUUAACAGUAUUUUCGUUUGAUGAUAUACCCAAGUUAGAUUCGUUGAUGAGAGAUGUAAAGGAAAAACAUGAACCAGAGGAAUUUUUUGGUGUUCAGGAACCUAUGAAUUCCCCUAAGUCUAGUCAAAUAAAGGUUGUUAAGAAAAGAAAUUCCAUCAUUGGUAACUCAAGCGACGAAUCUUCUGAUGAACUUUCAUCAGAUUCUGAAUCGAACUCAGACCAGAUACAUAAUAAACCUAUUCAAGUGGCUGAAUCACAACAAUUUCCAAGGGAAAUAUCAGCUCAAAUGGAAAUUCCUGAAACCCAAGAUGAUCAUAUUUCACCCAGUGUUAGCCCUAUUGGACAUGGAACCACAAUAUCUUCUAUAAGACUGAAUAAAGUGUUGAAUUCAUCCAAAUAUGAUAUAAUUCAAGAGAAUCUAAGCAACCUCAACACCAGUUUAUUAGAAAAGAUGAAAUCUUUUGAGAAUGAAAUUCUAAACAAACAGAAUGAACUCAAUAAUGAACUUGAAGAAAAAUUCAAGGAAAUAUUGGCAAAUCAUAAUGAAAACUUAGAUAAAUUGAAUGAUUUUAUAGAUCUUAAAAAGAGCCAGAUAUUCAAUGUUAAUGACUGA